CAUCCGUCUGUGUGACUGCAGCAAAGAAUAAAUGGCAUAGAAGUAUAUAGAUGCUUUUUGUGUUAUUUUGGAAUGGAGGAGGUGAAGGAUGACAAGACAUACAAGGGGUUUGUGGAUAGACUCACCCUCGGUAUUACUCGGGUUUUGGAGAACCUCCCUGGUGUGCUGGAUGUACGAUUUGCAGAGAAAGCUCCUGCAGAAAAGAGAUGCCUUCUCUCUUGGGAGCAGAAAAACAACUGUGCUUUGCCAGAAGAUCUCCGAGAUUUCUAUCUCACAACAGAUGGCUUUAUGCUUGCCUGGAACUCCAAGCUGGAAAAUGAAGUGGUUCAAGUGGGAUGUAUGGUGAUAAACAGUGUUGCUCAGCUACGCCCCCUGAUUCAGUCAAAUGUAUAUUCCCUCCCCAAUGCACCUACGUUAGCUGAUCUUGACUUCGAUGAUGACUUAGAGGAAUCUGAUGGCCCUGUACAACCUCAUUUUGAUUCUCGUAGUCGCAUAUUUGAGCUGGAUCCUUGCAAUAGUAAUGGCAAAGUCUGCCUUGUUUACAAGAGCUGCAUUCCAGGUGUAAUGGCCCAGCAGUGUGAGGUGUGGUUCUUGGACCGAUCACUUUUCUGGCACUAUCUCACCCCUUCCUUCACUGCCUACUACCGACUUAUGAUCACUCAUUUGGGGCUGCCGGAGUGGCAGUAUAAUUUCACUCCGUAUGGCCCCAGCCCACAAGCUAAGCAAUGGGCUGCUCUCUACCAACCCCUGACGUUCUAUGGUGAUCUCCAUCUUGAUACAUCCAGUGAACCUUUACUGAACAAGCUGGACCCAGCCAAGGCGUUCCGCGGCAAGGCCAAGCCACCCACUCCCAAGAAGAAGCAGCCAGCACAGGUCCCAGCGAGCGGCGGAAGUACAGCUAAAGGACAGGGGGCCUCGGGGAGACACAGCGUGACUAAACGAUGACCCCGCUGUCCCAACAAAUGCCCAUUGACUGUUCUCAUACAGGCAUGUUGACUGUUCUUUUGGCUAAUGCUGGGCAUUUAUCCUGAUUUAAGCAGUUUAAUUUCAUCUUUUGAUGCCCAUAAGUCUGUGUGCAAAAAAUGUAUUAAAGAUCAAACAUGGA